AGGCGGAUGUGAAGGAGAUCCAGCUGUGCACGGCCAUCUUGGAGAGAGCUGAGCGGUCCAAGAGUGAGGCGGUGGCCAACGUGUCUCAUGAGCUGCGCACCCCAAUCAUUGGCAUGAUGGGCAUGAUAGAGGAGCUGUUGGAGUCGCCAUUGGAGGAGUGGCAGCGGGCAGACCUGGUGGAUGCGAGGGCGUGUGCGGGCGAGACGGUGGAGCUCAUCAACCGAGUGUUGGACCUUGCCAAACUGCAGGCUGGCCGCCUGCAGCUCGAGACUCUCCCCUGCUGCCUGCGCCGCAUCGUUCGCGAGGCAACUACAUUUGCGCCAGGGAAGACUUUACCAGUGACAUUCCACGUGGAUGACAGUGUUCCAGAAACUCUAUACGGCGAUCCAACUCGGAUCUUGCAAGUCAUGGCUGAACUUGUCGCGAGUGCCAUGAACAACACGGCAACGGGCCACAUAACCAUCCGUGUUUCGUGCAUCCCUCCUCCACACGCCGCCAGCACGCCACCUCCGCCCGCUGCUGCCUCAGGCACCACGCAAGCCUCCUCUGAGCCGGCCCCAGCAGCCUCAGCGUGGCAUCAGCUGGCCGGCUGUGUGCGGCGCUUCCCUCCUCCCACCCGCCUGGUGUGCCUCCCCCAGCACCGCCCGGCCAGCCAAGGGGGCCCGCAAGGGGGGGGUGGACUGUUGGAGGAGGAGGUGAGGGAGUGGGUGGAGGGGGCGUGUGCGGUGAGGGAGGUGGGCGAGUGGAUGGUGGUGGUGGCGUGUGAAGACACGGGCGGUGGUAUUCCACCCGAGGAGCUGUGGGGGUUGCUGGACCCACAUGGCAUGCAUGGCAGCGGGCAACAUAAAGUCAUGGAGAGAAUUCGGUCACUUGGAAGGGCAGAGUCAUGGAAGGGCCUGGGGAGGGCAGAUUCAUGGAAAGGCCUGGGGAGGACAGACUCAAGGCGACAAAGGGAGCGCAGCGCAUGGGAUCCGUUGCAGCGCGAUCGCAAGGCAGCUGCUGGGCCCCGCUGGACGCCCUACCCUGUUCGCUUCCUGCUCUCCACCUCCCUUGUAAGCUUCCUGCUCUCCACCUCUCUUGUAAGCUUCCUGCUCUCCACCUCCCUUGUAAGCUUCCUGCUCUCCACCUCUCUUGUGACUUCCCUAGCACAUUGUAGCAGAGAUGCGGGGGCCAUGGCAGUGCUGUCAGAUACCUCCACAGGCACCACCAUUCUGCUGGCGCUGCCCAUGGGGGGAGGGGAGGACACCGGUAGCAGCACAGGAGAUGAGGAGCGGAGCAGGGAGGAAUGCGGCGAGUCAGAAGGGGCUAGUGAGGAGCGUGUGGAGCAAGGGAGCGGAUCGCAGGAAUGCAUGAAAGGGCCAGCCAGUGGUGCCUCUGCGCAACCAGCAGCACCACAGCAGCGGCAGGCAGCAGGGGCACGAGCGUUGGUGCAUGCGCACACGUUUCCGCAAAUGGAGGUGGAGCAGGUCGGGGCGGGCGUGGAUGGUGCGAGGGAGGCGGAGCGGGUGGUGCGGGCGGUGGUGGCGGGGCGGCGGGUGGCGGUGGUGGAUGACAACGCGGUGAACCGCAUGGUGGCAAGGAGAACGCUGCAGGGCUACGGGGCGCACGUGCUGCUGCUGCCCUCUGGGGAGGAGGUGAUCAAGACGCUCUCCUCUGAUCACCUCUCCUCGCCUCAAGAGACGCUCUUCUCUGCCACGCCCUCCCCGCCCAUCCACCUGUUGCUCCUCGACCUGCACAUGCCGCCCGGCAUCGACGGAUUCGAAACGGCUCGUCGAGUGCGUGCAAUGGAAAAUGCACAGCAAAUGAAAUCGGAAACGAGUGCAACAGAGAUAUGCGAAGCGGCCGAUACAAGUGUAGAUGAUGCAUCAAAGCAGCGGCUCUGCAUUAUAGCAUUGACUGCAGACUUGGAUGUGGGGAUUAAGAGAGCAUGUUUAGAGGCGGGGAUGGAUGGAGCACUUUCGCGCGGCCUGUCGCAUCGCUGUCGCUCAAAAUCGUCUGCUGUCGCCGCGCGCAUGCGGUCGUCGCUGGCGCGUUUUUCGCCUUCCCGCGUGCCGCCGGGCGUGGCGAGGGCGCUGCUGGGGGCGGCGUGGGUGGCGGGAUGGGCGGGGCUGUGCGCGUGGGUAGUGUGGUUCGCGCACUCGCAGGCCGCCAAUCCGCGGCAGGAGGCGAUGCGAGCGUGGUGUCGCACGCGCGUGCGAUACCUCCAGCAGGACAUCCGGUCGUCCAUCGACCGCGCGCAAUCCCCCAGUUUUGACAAGUUUGGCUUUGUUUCUGGUGACUCUCCCACCUCUCACCCUCCCAACUUCUCACUCUCCCAAGAUCUCCCGACCUCUCCCGACCUCUCCCGACCUCGCACUCGCUCAGCAUCUGACUCUGUGGAGCUCUUAGCCUUCCAACCGCUCGGCCUUCGAGUUACGAUUAGUAUGGGCGAGUCCAUUGGCCUGGUGGGCGCAUUUGGGCGAUUUGGCCCGCGCAGCAGCAGCAACCUGAGCUACUGGGGGCUGGCGGGGUGCGUCAACAACAACUCCAUGCUGGCCUAUAACCUCCAGGCGGACGCCGUUGCCAACUACAGCACGGGCACCAUCAUCAUGUUCGUCAGUGACCAGGACAGGCCCCUUGUGGAGAGCAUCAUCGGGCAUCCCAUCCGCUCAGUGCUGGGCCUGCCCGCCCCGAGGAAGGAUCUGUACGGAGUGAACGUGUAUGGCAGCAUUAACCCGGACUUUCCCAUACAGCCCUUCACCGACUUCUUGCCUCUCCUCACUCCGGACCUCCGCACCAACCUGUUAAAAGGACAGCCUAUAGCGGGCGCGCCUCUCUCCGCUGGACCCGGUUACGUGGCAACUGGUGCGUGCGCUCCUCUUUCCCCCAUGCCCUACUUUUGA